GUUUGUUUUUUCUCCCAAAGUUCAAAAACUGGCCAGUCAUGCCUCCUGCACAAGACUGCUUUCCAGCGAGCAAUCCGGACAGGUCCUAACCUCAGGUAGCUGAGAUGGAGCUCGUGGGAAUCACUACUCUUGUUCUUAUGACUUGUGUCAUUUACCUGGUUUACCUUCUUGUGUGGAAGGGAAGUCACAAAGGGAGAAGCCUCCCCCCGGGCCCAACUCCCCUUCCCAUCAUUGGGAAUCUGAUGCAGCUAAACUUCAGGAACGUACCUGCAUCUCUCUCCGAGUUAGCCAAGGAGUAUGGCCCUGUUUACAUGUUGUACCUUGGAUCCCAGCCCACGGUGGUCUUACAUGGAUAUGAAGUGAUAAAGGAAGCUUUGAUUCAGCAGGGUGAUGAGUUCCUUGGCAGAGGACCGUUACCAAUUAUUUCAGAUGUCCAAAAAGGACACGGAAUCAUUUUCAGUAAUGGGGAGACGUGGAAGCAAAUGCGACGCUUCUCCCUGAUGACCCUGAGGAACUUUGGGAUGGGGAAGAGAAGCGUUGAAGAGAGGGUCCAGGAGGAAGCCCAGUACCUGGUGGAGGAGCUCAGAAAAACAGAGGCUCAGCCCCUUGACCCUACUUUCAUCCUCAGCUGUGCUCCUUGCAACAUUAUCUGCUCCAUCCUCUUCAAUGAGCAUUUCCAGUACGACAAUGAGACGUUCCUUUCCCUGAUGCAUUUGUUAGAUGAAAGUUUUAGGAAAAUAAAUUCUCCAUGGAACCAGAUGUACAAUCUAUGGCCAGGACUCAUAAGGCAUCUCCCUGGAGAGCACAGAGCAUUUUCAGAACGGCUUGAGAGUGUUAAACAUUUCAUUCUGAAAAAAGUGAAGGAGCAUCAGAAGUCCCUGGAUCUUAGUAACCCUCAGGACUACACUGACUGUUUCCUCAGCAAGAUGGAGCAGGAGAAACACAACCCAGUGUCUGAAUUUAACUUGGAAAACCUGGCAAUCUGUGGAUCAAAUUUGUUUACUGCAGGAACACAGACAACUGGUAUCACCCUGAAAUACGGGCUUCUACUCCUAAUGAAGCAUCCAGAGGUGAAAGCCAAAGUUCAUGAAGAAAUCGACCGUGUGAUUGGACGCAACCAAAUCCCCUGCAUGAAGGACAAGAUGAGGCUGCCCUACACAGAGGCUGUGGUGCAUGAGAUACAAAGAUACAUCUCCCUCCUUCCUUCUAGUUUGCCCCAUGCUGUGAUCCGGGACACGAAAUUCAGACAAUACGUCAUCCCCAAGGGCACUACUGUAUUUCCAAUGUUGUCUUCGGCCUUGUACGAUUCCAAGGAGUUUCCCAAUCCAGAGAAGUUUGACCCAGGCCACUUUUUGGAUAAAGAUGGCCACUUCAGGAAAUCAGACUACUUCAUGCCUUUUUCCAUUGGGAAACGGGCCUGUGUUGGGGAGUCCCUGGUCCAUAUGGAGCUGUUCCUCUUCUUCACCACCAUUCUGCAAAACUUUUCCCUGAAGCCCCUGGUGGAGCCCAAGGAACUAGAGACCAAACCCAUUGUUUCUGGGUUGAUGAAUAUCCCACCACCUUUCAAGCUGUGCUUUAUUCCUAGAUAAAAAUUGUUUCGCUUUUAAUGAUUUAAAUCAAAGCAAUUGCUUUUUCCUCUUGCUCCCUUGUACCCCACCCCCACCCCAAUAGUUUCUCUCUUGAUUUUAAAUACUGCCUAGGACAGAAACACUAUUCACUAAUAACUCGAUGGAUAUUUGUUUAAAUCUACAAACCCCUCGACAAAAAAGGAGCGGGGUCCUGAAAACUCAAAGGGUGCAAACAAUAUAUUUAUACCCUGUAUGUUGCUUUAUAAAUUAUGCUCCAGCAGAACCAAGAGCAGGCCCACACAAAGCCUUUGUCGGGGAUAAGCAGCAAAUAGCGGAGCCUUCACUCUUUCUGUGGCUUUGGAGAUAUGCUGAUUUUCUGUAGUUUUUUUUAAAACAUAGAAAUUAAUAUAAUGGCCUAUAUGUACUAUUUCUAUUUCCAAUUGAAAGCACUCAUGAUUUCUGCCACACUCACAAAAUAAAUCCUUCCACAAUAGA